AUUCUUCUGUCAAUAUAUCCAAUUUGCCUACUGCAAUUCCACAAAUCACAAAGCCUGGAAUUACACAGCCUGAAGAAAGAUCACUAGCUCGUCUUUGGCAUGAGGAAAUAAAAUGCCUUUUCCUUCGAAACAGGAAUCCAUCAGACGCAACUAUCGAAAGUCUUAUUUUCAAAAUAUUUAACUAUGUGCUAUAUAGUAAUGAAGCAGAAGAGGUAAUUUGUCAUUCUAAAUGGGUUUUAACAGACUUUCGUAGUAAAUUUAAUAAAAGACAAAUGACUGCGCUAACGAACUUGGAAAUCGAAGAAUUUAUAUCUCUAGAGGUUGCUGAAAAAAUAUUGAAUAGAUAUUUAAAGGGUACUAACAUUAACAAACUCAAAAGAUGUGGGAUAAUGGAACGACUUGCAUUAAUGGUUAGAGAAGCAUUUAAGGUACAUUAUAUUUCUUACAGCACCAAAGAACUUGAUAAUAUUACAGUAGAUUGUAUGGUGCUAAGUAGAUCCGGAAAAAAUAUCGCCUCAAAACUUUCGCUGGUAGAAUAG